AAAUACCCGAGAGAAUCUCUCAAGAGGUACAGUAGUAUCUUUCCGAUCGUCUGUAUAUCAUCUCGCACAACAUCGCUAAAAUCUCUUCAAGAUGUUAAAGGAACUGAUUGUUUUUGCGAGUUUGAUUUUUCUGAGUUAUGCUUGUUUGAUUACGAAUUGUCCUCGUGGCGGAAAGAGGAGUGAUAUAGCAUCUUCUUUUAAAACUGUUAUUCGAGAAUGUCCUUCAUGUGGUCCUAAUCAUCUGGGUCAAUGCUUUGGGCCCUAUAUUUGCUGUGGCCCUAGUAUCGGUUGCUUCAUAGGAACACCAGAAACAUUCCGAUGCAGAAAAGAAAGUUUAUACACCAGACCCUGCAUUGCUGGAUACGCAAUGUGUCGUGGAAAUACAGCAAGAUGCGCUUCAAACGGAAUUUGUUGCUCGCAAGCAUCCUGCCAUAUGGAUACAUCAUGCAAAAUUUCCGAUGUCGGUAAUGAUCGAAAACUCGAUGACAACGUGAAUGUGAUACUCCCAGGCAACGAAGUCUCUAACGAAAUACUUCAAUAAUAUAACUAAUUUCAUAUUAAUCAUUUAGCGUUCUGAUAUUUAAACAUUCUAAACUUUAUAAAAAUACAAUUAUGCAGUAUCGAUAAUGAA